AUGGAGACAUUGAUUGCAGAUACAAGUUUUGUUCACGAUAGCGCAGAUAAGCACGAAGAGUUUAUGCGAGCACUCAGACAAUCUCUGUCUGUUUUACAAGAGAAGCUGACAACGGAUGACCAACCCAUACACGCGACAGCAGGGUGGAAUCAGGUACUGGAAACAUAUAAACAACUUUGCAACUUUUGCAAGGAAAAGCUGAACUAUGACACUACUGGACAACCGGAUGCUCAAAAAGCAAUUUUCUCAUUCAUUGUCCACUUACUGGAGAACGACCUCAGUAUGCUCCACUUGCAGAUUGCAUAUUUUAGCAUACGGGAUAGAAGCUUUGAGCUGAAAGAAUAUAUUCAGGGACUUAAUGAUACAUCACUGAGACCACUGAUAAUGGCUGUCUGCCAACGCGAGAGAAAGGAAGCAGGAGUUGACACAAAGGCUUUCUGUGACAUGUAUGAGAGAGUUAUGAUCCAGCUAUUCCGAGAUACACUAAAGAAGGAACAGUCAAAGAUGUUUACAAAUGAACUGUUGGAUCUGUCUGUCUACUUAUACCUGGACUGCAUCCACCUUGAGGAAGACUCGUAUAAGAUGCUAGCAACUACUGGAAAAAAUGUAUUGAACUCACUGGACGAUCCCUUCACUAACAUCAAGGACAUCAACAGAUUGAAGUCUUAUUUAAAACACUCUGGGGAAGUGAUUACGCAGCCUAGUUUUGCAUCCAGUGAAAAAACAGCCGAUGUGGUAAAGGAUUUUAUCGAGAGCUUUGUCACAAAACUGAGCAAGCGUGGCCUGGUUAAGGAAGUCUACAAUGAGGUGUUUGACUUGCUUCUGUGCAUCACAAAGUGUCCAUUUCAUGAAAACGGGUUCGACAUCAAGUUAUUUGAGGAAGUGAUGUAUUUCUUUAUAAGAAUCCCCGAUAAAAUCUUGUCUAAAUCUGCAGAACUGUUUACAGCAAUGGCUAAACGAUACACUAAUCUUCUUGAUGAGAUGGACAUGAGAUACCUCAACAGUGGAAGAUAUGCUGAUACAGUCCUAAGUAAUGCACUUAAAAAACUGUAUGCAGAUAACAAAGAAGUGGCAAGGCAGUGGUUAGAAAUGCUGGUGCCACUGUUCAAGAAACCUUGUGAAGACACCAUGAGAGCAUGUUACUUAAUUGUUUCUAAUGACAAAGGAUACAAAUGGAAGGACUAUCCAGAUAUUGCUCACCAAGUGGCUGACUUGAUCACAGCAUUCCAACCACCAAACGAGUAUGAUGUUACCAAUGAAGCAGAACAGAAGAAACUUCAAGAGUUUCUGAAAAUCUUCAAAAGUGCUGUGGAAUAUUUCUUUGAUGGCUUGAAGAAAUCUAGAAUGCUGAAAGACUAUGGUCGACCAAUGGCUUGUCUAAGUUUGAAGUUGCUAGAAAGUAAAAACACUGAAUUGUUGGAACUUUCUGAAGCAAUAGCUGAAAGAACUGAGCUUAAUCCAAAGGUAGACAAAGAAUUUAUGAUAGAGAUGAUCAAAAAAUUUCAUUUGGUGCUGAAGAAUGAAGAUCAUCUGUGGAAUGAGAGCUGGCCUCUACAGAGAGCUGCAAAUGAUUUCAUUGAACACUGUAUGGAUCCUUUCAAAGAUGGUAAGGCAUUUACUGAUGAGGAGCUCAGGGUGUUUGUUUCAGUCUGUGUCACUAGUCUCAGUUACGACUGUGUACAUCCGGAGACAGGCCAGUUCCCAUCUGUGUACUUUUUAGUGUUCCUCACUAUAAUCAAAGUCCUCUUUAACUGGCUUUCUGCACUGAACAAAAUGAACUUGGCUGAGGAGCUAGUGCCUAGACUCAUGAAAUGUUUAGAAGUGGAUGAUGAAAGUGUAGUACAGCUGUGUGCUGUUUAUCUCAACAUGCUUGGCAAAGUCUCUUCAGGUCAACAAGCUGUAGCUCCAUAUCUGGAUGAUCUUAUUAAGAUCUACUUGGAAAAACGCCAGGAUAUGCUUCUGCUUGCCAUCAAUGAGAUUUAUCCCUGUAACCCCAAAGCCUUAAAGAAUCACUUCCGUAGCUUGAUGGAAUUGCUAGAAGAGACCAUUGACACUAGUGUGCUCACCUAUCUUGGGAUGCUGUUUCAGAAAGUGUCAACAAAACAAGCAGAGUUGUUCACAGAACAAGAUGUAGAAAUUCUGCUCAACAAAGCCCAAAAAGUUGUGAACUCACAGACAACAUUCCUCGGCAUUGUUAGUGAACUGUGUAAGAGGCGGCCAGAAUGUUUAGUUCCACAUAUUGAUCUGUUGCUUGACCACUCAUUGUGGAAUCCAGUGAUGUCUUCCUACUACAUAAAAGAUAUGUUGAGCACACUAGCUAUUUACAAAGAGGAUCUGGCUCCAAGAGUUUUAGAUGACAUGUUCCUUACAGCAAAAUCCAGUCAGGAUAAAUCUUCUCUGGUCACUGCCUUGAAUUCUAUCCGUAUGAUUGGCUUCAAGUACCCAGAGUUGCUGAAGCCAAUGAGGAGUCAGUUGGAUCAAAUGCAGCUUGUAGAUGUUGAUGCAGUCAACAUGAGGCAGACUAUUCUUGACAUGAUUGAUGGCAAAACGUCUGAAGAUAUGCUGAAAAAACUGCACAAACAACAAGAAGAUAUUCAAAACUUGGUUGGUAGAGUGGAUGACACAGAGGAAGCAGUUACAGAUGUCAAGAAUGAGCUAGAACGACAAGGAGAACAGCUGGAGACUACAAAGAAAACAGUUGAUGAGCAAGGCCAGCAUCUGGAUGAGAUACAGCAAACAGUAGAUGAAACUGUCAUCAAAGUGGAAGAAAUUGAUCAAAAGACACUGAGCCAUGCACCUUUCUGGGCAAGAGAUGUGUCCAAAUUAUUGAACCCAGUUUCUGAACAUGACUGGCGCUUGCUGAGCAGACGUUUGGGAUACAGCAAUGAUGACAUAAGAGGAUGGGCCCAGCAAGCUGACCCAUGCAUGGCAAUGCUGAAUGAAUGGUAUGCUGUCAGAAAAACAAGUGAGGCCACAUAUGCUGUCCUGACUCAGCUGCAGGAGAUGGACCGAAUGGAUACUGCAAUAAUUGUGGAAAAUGCCAUGAAAAAUUCUGAGGCUGUUGUAGAAGAUGAAGGCUUUGAGUAUACAUCUCCACCAGAGAUCUUCCUUAGCUAUCAAUGGGGCCACCAGCCUGAAGUGAAACUCCUUAAGCAGCAUUUAGAAAUGGCUGGCUAUGAAUGCUGGCUGGACAUUGGUCAAAUGGGAGGUGGAGACAAGCUGUUUGAGAAGAUCGACAAGGGCAUCAGAGGAGCUAAGAUAAUCAUCAGCUGUGUGACUGCUAAAUAUGCCAAGUCCCCUAAUUGCAAUAGAGAGGUGAACCUGGCAGUUAGCUUGAACAAACCAGUGAUACCAUUACUGCUAGAGUCAUGCACCUGGCCACCUCCUGGGUCUAUGGGACCAAUAUUCAGUGAAUAUUUAUUUGUGCGCUUCUAUCAGCGUGGAGGGGAAGAACUAAGUGAUGACAGAUACUGGCCUAAGGAAAAGUUUCAGGAGCUGCUUUUGCAAAUCAACACGUUUGGUCUUCCACCAAAUGAGAAAAAGAUAGACCAAGUGUACAAGAACUGGUGGAUGCCAGUUGUCCAAGAAAUUAAAAUUGACAAGAAUAAAACUAAGAAUGGUGGCUAUACCCAACAAAUGGAACCCUCAGUACAGGAUUUAAAGGCUGCAGAAUCUCCUGAUGUGUUUAUAUCAUACCAGUGGGGCAAACAAAAACAUAUAAUCAAACUCUACGAGCGGCUGACCUCACUUGGGUUCACUUGUUGGCUGGAUAUCAAGCAAAUGGGCGGAGGAGAUUCACUCUAUGAUAAGAUUGACAGAGGCCUCCGUGGCUGCAAAGUUGUGGUUUCCUGUGUGACUCAGAAGUAUGCUUUAUCUGCAAACUGUCGUCGUGAAGUGAGUCUGGCUGAUGCACUGAAGAAACCUCUCUUGCCUCUUCUCCUGGAACAAAUGACUUGGCCACCCAGUGGGCCUAUGAGUAUGGUUUUGUCACAGCUGCUGUAUAUAAACUGUGCAAAGGAUGAGUCAGUUCAGAUGACAUGGGAUGGCCAAAAGUUUACAGAACUUGUAAACAACAUAAAGAAGUAUGUGCCAAUGGAGCUGCAAAAGGAUCCUCCACUAAAAAAAGAUAAGUUCACAGAGCCAGUAAAAGAUAAGACCAAAGAGCCAAUGAAAGAUAACACAGAACUCUUAAAAGAUAAUAACACAGAACCAGUGAAAGCUAAGAAUGCAGAGCCAAUGAAAAACAAGAACACUGAGCCAGUGAAAGACAAGAACACAGAACCAGUGAAAGACAAGAACACAGAGCCGGUGAAAGACAAGAACACAGUGCUAGUGAAAGUCAAGAACACAGAGCCAGUGAAAGACAAGAACACAGAGCCAGUGAAAGAUAAGAAUGCAGAGCCAGUGAAAGAUAAGAACGCAGAGCCAGUGAAGGAUAAGAAUACAGAACCCUUGAAAGACAAGAGUACAGAGCCAGUGAAAGACAAGAACACAGAGCCAGUGAAAGACAAGAACACAGAGCUAUCCCACAAUACAAUUUCAGUGUCAUCCAAAUUUAAAAUCACACAGUCAUCCCCUGAUAAGAUCUCAGAGCCAUCCAAAGAUAAGACUGUUCCUUUGUCUGUUAAGAGUAAUGAAAGUAGUUUAAAUGUGACCAGCAACCAGGAGUUAAAAGUAAAUGCGUCAGAUGCUCAAACAACCAUAAUCUCUGAGAAUUCCAGAAAAGUGACAACUCCUCAGUCAGUCACUCCAGAUUCCUUGAAGGGCCACGUCAGAAAACAGCAACGACUACUGAAACCAAUCCAUUCUGAUCCAUCUAAGAAUGUGCCACCAGCUUCUAAAGCUGAGAUGACCUCAAGGUCUCCUGUCAGAAAACAGCUAUCUCAAAAACCGAAAGCAACCACAAGACCAUUAAGAUUACCACCUUUACAACACUCAAAAUCACCAGCUCCCCAGGUUACUUCCGUGCAAGAGAAAUUCCCACAGAGACCUCGAGUGUCAGUGGUACAGAAAAAGAAAGCAAGUGGUUAG